CGGGCUUUCAAUGCGCUGCUGGCGAGGUCCUCGGUGAGGUCACCUUCAGAAGGCGAUAAGCGGUGGAUAUCCCCUAGAAUCGAGGGAGUCAAUUACGAAUCGUGAAUAAGAGAGGGCACGUACCAGAUUGUCGAUGGCAAGCAGAGAGAGUCAAAGAGUCGCGCUUGGCGAACGUGAACUGGCUUUGAGCUCUACUCGCGACUGUCUGGUUUGGAAUUCCGAGGGAGGCGGAAUCACAUGUACAGCUGGUGCUUGCAGUCGAUGAGUCACUGAUUGGCGAUGCGCCGAGAAGAUCAGCGCUUCAUCGAUCUCAUCUCGGCGCAGACGGAGGUCAAAGUUGGGAGGGUGCUCUCGGCUGAGAGGCUGCCGACUGCAGUGCCGCAGGGUAGAGGAUGCGUGACCUGAUGUGUUGACACUGACCACAUCUAUGCGCGUUGCCGCUGAGGGUUGGAAUUUUUCAGGGCAGGCGCUUGUCUGAGCAAAGUGGGCGCUAUGCUAUUGGACAAGUCGAUCUCACGUAGCACCACGCACGACUCGUCAGACUCGGAUUGAGUGACGAGUGUAUGUCGAUCGAGACUCGAUGAGAAUCACGAAGUGUUUGCAGUCGAGAGCCUGCAUGAUCUACGUUCGAGUGAGCAUAAGUAUAGGCCUCCUUGUGCACGGCUAUUUACUUGUGAAUCUUCUGCGUAUGUAGUCAUGCCGUACUCUUACCAGCAUACGCGCAGCAGCACAAUCCCGAACGUCAGACUGGGCACUAGGCCGGGCCAUGCAGCCAUGCUCUUAUGCCCGACCAGCGCGACAAAGGCAAACUUGAAUAUAACCUUGAUCCUGAACCGCAUGCUUUGAUGAUCAUUCCACGCCAUGCAGCUGCUGAUGUACGCCAGCAAGCAGGCUGGACGUCGCAGUGCGAUCAUGACGAGGGCGUCCAAAUUGCUUCUCAGCUCAAAGCACCCUAUAGCUUGUUCAUCGUCUCGUCCCCAUCUCAUCAGUGAGUCGAACUUGAGUCACGAGUCUGGGAUCAUCCGCGGCUCUUCUUGCUGAUGCCUGCAUGAUGCCCAUGCAAGCUAUAGCUGCAGUCCAUUAUCGACCGGCCCUGCUCGAGCGCUAUAAUAGGCGCCUUGGUUGAAAGUAGGCAACGCUAUACCAGUCGGCUUGCGGGGCCUGCGGAUGGGCGGACCUGCAUGCUUCAUGACAAAUUGACGUAAAGACGAUUCGAAAUUCGCCUCCAUGCAGUCAGAUUUUGAGUCACGAGUCCUUAUGAAUGUUUGUGAUCACUCGUGACUGCUGCUGCUGCUCCCAAUUCGACUCUUCUUCUUGCUGCGCAGUCACGUUCGGCCCAUAUCUUUGUUCACGUGGCGCAGCAGCCGGGUCGGCUCCGCUACUUUGGAGUAUGAGUCGUGAGUCACGAGUGUUGAUCACAUCCGAUGCUGGCCGAGCAGCAAUGCUGGGGAUGCUGGAUCGUGCAAGUUCAGCAGGAUUCGACACGAUGACAAUCACGAAUGCUCGUGCCUGUGACUCCUUCCAGACCUUUGACUCGUGACUGGUUAUGAAGCCACGAUGGACAGUCACGAGUAGCUGUGGCCGUGAGUGCUGACUGCGUGGAUGCGCUCAUUGUCUUGGUCUUCGACUUUACUUGUGCGUCGAGCAAUCGAGAACACACACGUGUCUGCGCAGAUGCUACAGAUCUGCAGUCGUGUGUCGCGAGGCUCGAGUCGUUGCAUCCACGCGCGCACGUACGAGGUGACGUAUGUAUAGGAGGUAGGUACCCUUAGAGUGACGCGUGACUGCACAUCAAUUGUAGCCUACUCGAGUCGCUGAUGAUGACUCGCUGUGCUGCACACACGAUACGUGCGAGUCGUGAGUACAUACACACCGCCGCGGUGGUAUGAGCUGCUUGUCUCUUCAUUCGCGAUUGUGGCGUAGCCGAGGGUCGGCGAGAAGAGCCAUGGCAUAUGCAAGAGGUAUACGUGCUUUGCUACACGUUGGCGGGCGCAUCGAUGCGUGCUCGUGCUGGCUUCGCUCCUUACAUGUGUAGCUUUGACACCAUGCACCCUCUGCCUCUGCAUGCCUUUUGGACCUCUGAUUCGUGAUUGACUGACUCGCGAGUCGUAACUCUUGACCCGCGGCUUGGAGCAGGAAUCACAUGUCCUUACUACUUUGAUCCUUCAUCUAUUUGAUGAGUCACGAGUGUAACUGUUCAUCAAGGUCCGAGUCGUCUUCAGUCUGAGCUCUUGCGACGAAUUCCUGAUGGGUUGUUGAAACGCUCUGUCAGCACGUGCGAUGCAUCCAAAUUCCUUGCAUCCGCGCUGCGAACCGGCUCUCUUCAUCUUGAUGAGCUUGUGUUUGCUGCGCUUCCAGAAUUUUUGAUUUGAGCUCUUGCUUUGCUUGCUG